AUGGAGUGCUUUCAUUACGCAAAUGGAAUUGUGUGGGAGCCAAACAAUGGAGCAUGUCGAGAAGUGCUUACUAAAGUCGCCAAUCUAAUAGUUUACUUAGAUGAUAUUUAUGAUGUGUAUGGAACUCUAGAUGAACUUGUUCUCUUCACCGACGCCAUUGGAAGAUGGGAAGAAAGUCCUAGUGAAAGACUCCCCGAAUACAUACAAGCACUCUAUUCUGUGAUGUACAACACAUCCACUGAUGUGGCUGAAAAUGUGUUGGAACAACAUGGUUGUGACGCUUGUCAUGUUCUUCAGAAAGCGUGGCGAGACAUGGCGGAGUCUUUCCUAGUGGAGGCAAAGUGGCACCAUGGAAACCAUAGACCAACACUUCGUGAGUAUCUGGCCAAUGGAGCAAUUUCAGCCUCUGCUCCACUGUUGCUGCAACGACUCUGCAACCCACUCUGUAAGGAAAAUUUAUCCGGGUUGUUUUGCCCCUUACUGUUUCAAUCACCAAAGUUGAAUCUUUAUGAGAGGUGUCUUAUGUUGUGA